UUUUUCCAAAAUUAUCAUCGACUGUGAAGCGUAAUUUUUGUUGGCUUUUUUUUAUUAAUAAAAUCUAGAUUGACUUAAAGAAGCAGAAUAUUUUUGAAUAGUUGGUACUUAAUCAAAAAAAUGAUACUGCAAGGAGACUCAGAGCAAGCUUUACAAGCUUCUUCUCAGAAAAAAAGAUGGAUUUUUAAAAGAAAACUUACUAUUGUUGCAUUUUCAUUUCAAAGUUUAAUUUUAGGAAUGGAAUACAGUCUAACAUUUUUAACUCUAUGGUUAUACAUUAAAGAAAUGAUAAACACUAGUUAUCCUAAAUUUUAUUACUCUUUGGUGUCUAUAUCGUAUUUGUUAUCUUCAGCAACUAUUACUCCUAUUAUUGGUAGAAUAGUUGAUAAAACUCGCCUUGUUCGUUUAACUUUUUUAACUUGUAACUUAUUUUUAGUUGUUGGAAAUGUAUUAUACAGCAUCCAUUUUUCUCCGUGGUUUUUAGUCGUCGGAAGAUUUUUGUCUGGGUGUGCUGGUUUGAGAUCUGUUAUGUGCGGAGAAAUAGUUCGUAGUUAUCCAUCUGAUGAAACAAGUCAUAAUUUAGCACUGCUAUCUAUUACUUUUAACGCUGGUUUCAUUUUGGGUCCUGGCAUUAACUUUUUAUUUACUUAUAUUGAUUUUUCUUUAGGAGCAUGGCAUUUAAAAACUGUAAAUUUUAUAGGAGUUUUUAUGGCUAUUUUAAGUGUUGUCAUGUUACUUUUAAGUGUGACCAUGAUUCACGAUUUAUCAAAAGAAUUUGACUUAAAAGCACAUGAAGAAAAAAAAAUUAAUGCAGAGAUCUUUAAUAGAUCUGAAAUUAAGUCUAGCACACAAUCUGAUACUUCUAAUGAAAGUGUACCGUUGGUUGGUUAUACAAAGCAAUCUCAGAAGCUAUAUCUUGCAUCAUCGGUAUCACAUAUUAGUGUAUUCAAAAUACUUAAAUUAUUGCUGACCUCAUUUGAUGCUGUUUUAAUACUUGCUUGCACGUUUGCUAUUAUUUUUUUUAUUGUUACUUUUGAUAUGUGGUUGCCAUUACUAGUAAUUGAUACAUUACAUCUUACUAUUCUAGAACUCAAUGUUUGCGUAUUUGGCACUGGAGUCACUAGUGUUAUUAUAUUACUAAUAUAUAUGUGGAGACCCGUAUCAGAAGUAAUAUUGUUUUUAGCCGUCAUACUUGGUUUAAUUGGUAUUUGUUUAGUGGACGCAAGUUUUAUUUUAUUAAAGUAUUUUAACAUUAAAUCAGUUAAUAUAUUUUUUGGCGUUUUGUAUAUGAUGUGUUUUGCUGGAGCAGGAAUCAUUCCUGAUGUAUAUCUUACAAACACAUUAGCAAAACUUGUUAACUCAAAAGUACAAACUUUUGUUGACAGUAUUCGUAAUUGUAUGUACUCUGCUGGAGCAUUGUUAGCAUUGUCCAGUGCUGCGUACACUUUUGAAUAUGUUGAAGUCUUUGCCGGUGUUUAUAUUGGAUUAACAUUAUUAUGUAUUUACUUACUUAUGGUUAGGAAGAAGAAUUUGUUAAAACCAAAGAUAAUAUUUUAGAUAUUAAAAAAUUAAUUUUUCAAAAAAAUA